AUGUCUGGUGUUGAAUGCAGCGUAUGGGCUUACCAUGACGCGAGCCUGAUCGACCAUAUUCAUGGGAAGAAGCACAAGCGGAAACAGGCGGAAGCUACACCGAUCACCUCACCACCGUCCAGCGUCACUGGAAGUCCCCCUUGGGAGAAAACUUCCAAGUUGACGCCACCGUGGAAGCUCGUUGGGGAAGGGAAAAACUCCGCCGUGUCUCCUUCCUCCAAGCGUAAAGCGCCUCAUACGAGUGAUGCCUCUAAGCCCGCUGGUGGUGGGUCCAAGCGCCAAAAAAGAGCCAAUGGUCAAGUUGUUGCAGUUACACCGGAUGGUGAGGCGGAUGCACGAGACAUUGUUCCAGAAGCAGCAGCAGAAGAAGAAUCGGAUGAGCCAAGCCGACCUGAGGACUUCGCCCUGGCGUUGUUCAAGUUCACGAAUCUGAUUGGUCGCCGGGGGAAGUGGGAGAAGCAGCUGCUGAAAUGGUCCGAUGGCAGUUCUUGUGAGAAGCACAGUCAGAAGGAGGAGCUGCCAUUGCUUGCAGAUGUCCCCUCCGAGCAUCCAGAGCAGCUCAAGAAGCAACCGGAAGAGGCCAGCGACAAGGAUGUUCCGCAAGAUGACGAUGAUGGUCACAAAGAGAAAGAACCGAAAGGCAUGUCUGGUGCUGAGCCACACUGCACAGAAGAGCCAAUUGAAGUUAAUGCGGAUGUGGAAGAAGCACGUGGAGCUCGCACUGGCGACGACUCUACUCCCGCGCCUGAGCUGCACGAGGCGGCUGCUGGUAGAGCUGAAGACGAAGCGACUGUGAAUGCAGCUGCACCUGCGGUUCCAGUGCCAGAAGCAGCGGCAGGGGUCGACGCCCCUGGAGAAGCCACAGCACCGGCUGCAGUGCCAGCUAAGAGACGGAAAGGAGCUCUGGGAGCUGGUGCAGGGGCAUCUGCAACGAGAGUGUGCUUUCUGUGCCAGCUGCCCAUGAUGGAAGGGCAGGUGGUUGGAGCCCUGUGGAAUGCACGCUUGAAACAAUUUGCCUGCAGCAGCAGGAACCGACACAAGAAGUUCCACAUAUUCCACUCGCACUGCAUAGCGGACUGGGUGGUCUUCUGCUCCGCGGUCGCCAGCACCAGUGUGCCGCCCGCCCUCUGCUGCCCGCUCGAGGCUGACGUGGCGCACCUCCUCUCCUCCAUGCACCGCCACCAAAAGGCACACGCGCCGUCCCUGGGGCCAAGCCGCCAGGCCAGUGGCGCUGCCACACCUGCUGCCGCCGCUGCUGCUGGCAGGGUCACAGGGGCUGCAGCAGCUGCUGCUACUGCUGCUGAGGCUGGCGGUAGUGCUCCUGUGUCUGCCAGUGCUGCUGCUGAAGCGAUUGCGAAUAACCAGCCUGGAGAUGCUCCUCAGUCUAAUGGGGCUGAGCGUGUGGGGCCGGGUGGGGAUGCUGAUGGCAGCAGUGCUAGCAGUGACGAGAAUCAUUCCGACGCGUGGGCGUGGGCUGGCAUCCCAGACGCAAUUCACUCCCCUGCCACCGCUGCUGCUGUUGCAACCUCUGCCCUGGCUGCUGCUGCUGCCACAGGGCCAGUGUCCAGUGAAGAUGCAGCAGUGGUGGCCAUCGUGGCAACAGCUGCUGCGUCGGCUGCUGCGUCCCUGAUGGCUCCACCUCCUGCUCCUCCUGCCUCUGCAUCUGCUAUGUCACAUCUUCUGGGCAAGCGCAGCUCAGCUGACACCGUGGCACAGCAGCCAGGCAAGGCGAAGAGCGGCGUGCCCUCAGCAGUGCCGGCAUCAGCGCCUGUAGCAGCGUCUGGAGCAGCUGGAGCUGCCAGCAAGGGCGUGCCAGGCAAAGGGGCAGAAUCAGAGGCAGCAGUGUCAGUAGGAACAGGAGGAACAGCAGUGCCAGCAACGCCAGCUGCGCCUGAGGGCGCAGAGGCGCUGAAGGGAGUAAAGCUGUUGCCGCUGACUGAGGUUUUCUGUCCGGAGUGCCAGGGCACAGGGCGGUAUGGCCCUCAAAACGCCCUGGAGCACCCCCGCUACCGCCUUGCUCAGGUGUUUGACUGGAUUGUGGCCAUGAUGGUGGCGCGGCAUAAGGCAACCCUUGCACAGAAAGGAAGCGCGGCGAGCAGUGGAGAGCAGGAGGAGGAUGGUGGUGCAGGGAGGACGGCAGAAGUGGGUGCGGCAGACAAGGGAGAUGCCACUAUGGCAGACGCUGAGGGUGCACCAGAGGGCUGCGAGAAGGCACCAAAGGGGGCCGAGGGAGCAUCAGAAGGCGGGGAGAAGACACCAGAGGGCAGGGAGAAUGUGGAGAGGUCAGGUGGCAUGGAGGCGGAUAAGGGCUUGUGUGAUGAGAGGGAGGUGACAGCAGCCGAGGCUGCUCAUCCCCCUCCUGCAGCCAGUCCCUCUCAGGCGGCUCACAGUGCAGCAGUCACUGGGGGAUCCCUUCCAGGGAAUGAAGCAGGCAUGCAGGAUACGGGUGCUGGCAGCAGCAUGGGCGUGGUUGCUGGCAGCACGCUGGCCAGCAAUCCUGUGGAGAGUGCAGCAGAGAAGGGGUCAGAAGGGUGCCGUCUGCGUUUCGCGGACCAAAAUGUACAGAAGACCCCGCACGCGGCUCCCUUCCUUGGCGGAAAUCCGUACUCCCUCGCGUUUAACGUGCAGUCCGCGUCGUCUUUCCAGUCCCACAACGCCGCGCCGUUUCUGUCCGAAAACCAGCACGAGUUUCCCGUUUCCAGCGCGCGCCAAUGCGGACGGAUUCCGUUAGAGCCGCCAGUAACAGAGAACAAUAACAGCAGCAACAGCAACAAUGAUAACACUGAUAACUACGGCGAGAACACAUCCAGCCCUCCGUCUAGAGGCGCGUUCGACCUCCAAACCCCCAACAUGAACUUCGACGCUCCGUGCGACGCGCCGUGCGACGCUGCGACGCGCAUGAUCCGGCUGCCGUACGACCUGCAUCCGCCGGACAUUAACCUGCCUCUCCCCCUCCCCAUGUCCAUGUCCAUGUCCAUGUGCCUCGACCUCGAUCUCGACGCCGCCUCCCCCGCGCACCACCCCGUUGCUGCCUCCCUCCCCGCCAAUGCCGCGCAUCCCGCUGGUGCCGCUCGUCCCGCUCAUCCCACUGAUGACGCUGACGUCGCUGCAGCGGCGGCCGCGAAUUCUCCUGCUCCUGCUGCUGCGGCUGACGCUGUUGCUGCUGCUGGUGUUGCAGCUGGAAUCAAUGGCGCGGUUGGUGGGGAGAGCGGCGUUGGUGGGGAUGCGCGGGACUUCGGGAGUGGUGGGAGGGGGAAUAGCAGCAACAACGUGGGUGGCGCAGAGGGGGAGCAGCGCGGGAUGGAAGAGCGCGAUAGGGCUGGCGAGCUUGGCGGAAACGGCGAGCUGGCGAUUCUGAGGGCUUUCCAGCAGGGCGCGGGAGGGGAGAACGCGGAGAGUGGGUCCGCGGAGGGCGCAGGGGGGGAGGAAGGGGAGAACAGGCGGGAGCAGCAGGCGGAGCAAGGAGUAUCAGAGGAGGGGGGCGGGCAAGAAGCAGGCGCUGAUGCUGGCGGGGAUACUGGCGGAGAUGGUGGGGGAGAUGGGGGCGGGGAUGUUGGCGGAAUGGCCCUCUGGUGGGAUGUAGGUCCGGCGCCGAACCUGGACAUUGAGAUAGCUCCGGUUGGUGCCCCGGCAACCCGGUUUGCACCGAGGCUGAUCUUCAGCCUUGACAGCCACCCACCGUCCACCGCUGCUACUGCUCCUGCCCCUCCUGCUGCACUGAAUGCAAACACCAGAGGAGCUAUAGCCUCCAGACCCACUGUACCCUCCAGAUCUGGUGGUUUCAGGGAGAGUGGGUCGGCCACAGGAGCUGGUGCGGGAGUGGGUGGGAGCAGCUCCGCGUGCACGCACGCCACCAGCACGUGCCACAUGGUGCCGCCAGGAGAGUGCGGCCAGCAGCAGCAGCCGCGGGAGCAGCAGCAGCAACAGCAGCAGCAGCAGCAGCAGCAGCAGCAGCAGCAGCAGCAGCAGCAGCAGCAGCAGCAGCAGCAGCAGCAGCAGCAGCAGCAGCAGCAGCAGCCAGAGCAAGUGCAACAGCAGCCACAGCAGCAGCACAAGCAGCAGCAGCCCAACCAGCAGCAGCUAUGGCUACAGCAGCCGCAAUACACUGCGUCUGCCACUGGUACUGCUUACGGGCAGCAACCAGUAGCACCACGCCUUGCACCUUACCCACGCCCUUCCUCCAUCCACCCGCCUCGGCCCAUCGCAACCCUUGCUCCCUGCCCUUCCCCACCACCAACAGGGGAAACCGCCUUAUCAGCAGCAGCAGCAGCAGCAGCAGCCCCGGCAGCUGAAAACGCAACAGAACGUGGAGAGGAGGCGUUUAUAGCACUGCGCGACAUGGAGAAUGCAUACAUGUGGGCUCUAAAUCGUGGAGAGGAGGCGUUUAUGGUGCAACACGAUGUGGAGAAUGCGUACAUGUGGGCUCUCAGUCGGGGCGAAGAGGCGUUUAUGGUGCAGCACGAUGUGGAGAAUGCGUACAUGUGGGCGCUCAGUGUGCGGCCAGAGCAUGCGCUGGGCAAGAUGCAGCUGCGCUCCUUCAUCAACGGCAACUCCAGGGUGGACGAGCCGUGCUUCCCCUUCCCUGAGAAGGCUGGCUUCGUGCGAUCACACCGCCUGCAGCGGCGGCGCUACAAGGGGCUGGCCAACCCCCUCUGCAUCCACGGCAUUGCACCCGUCCCCGCCCCUGACCUCUCUGCCGUGUCCCCCCACUCGCGCACGCGCUGGGAGGAGAUUACUGGUGAGUUGGUGGCUGUCAGGUGUCGCACACAGGGUGAAACGUCUUAA